CAGUGUGCUGUUAGCAGUUUAUGAAGGGGAAUGGUAAAGCGUUUACUGGUGGCUGCUGACACGGAAUAUUAAUACGUCUCUUGGAGCGGGUCUGUUUUAAUAACUCGGAAACAUGAUAGCGGAGAACUGUAAAGUGUUGACGUUAUGUCUGCAUCAACUGGCUCUCCUCCGAAGAGCUCCGCUUCCUGGAUCUUCAUCCCUCCCAGCAAGGCGAUCUUUCAGUUCACUCAGGGAUGCUAAGCGCAGAGGCUUGUUAUGGAAGACGCUCAUUGGCCUCUCUGUUGGCGUUCCCGUGGCGGUGAGCAUCAAGUAUGCCGUAUCGGAGCCGAGACAGAGGAGACAGAUGAGGAUUGUGAUUGAAGGGUUUGGCCGCUUCUGCAGGGUGAACCUGCUCUCUCUCUGUGAAAAGUGCAAGGAAUUAGUGGUGGAGCUGCCAAUUUUGAGCAAUCCAUCCUACGUGACUGAGAUGUCAGCUUGCCACCAGAGGGCAGCAGAGUCCAUCGUGGAAGGAGCCAUAAAGAAUGGAGGCCUGUACAUUAAGCUUGGCCAAGGCCUGUGUGCCUUCAACCACCUGCUACCCCCUGAGUACAUCCACACCCUGCAACUACUAGAAGACAAAGCUCUAAACAGGAGGUACAAAGAGGUGGACGCUCUCUUUGAAGAAGACUUCAACAAGACCCCUGAUAAGCUUUUUAAAGCAUUCGACUAUGAGCCCAUCGCUGCUGCCAGCUUAGCUCAGGUUCAUAAAGCCCUGCUGUUUGACGGGACUCCGGUCGCUGUGAAGGUGCAGUUCAUUGACCUCAGGGAUCGCUUUGAUGGAGAUAUCAGAACAUUGGAGAUCCUGCUGGAUAUGAUUAAGUUCAUGCACCCCAGUUUUGGGUUCCGAUGGGUCCUUAAGGACUUGAAGGGAACACUGGCUCAGGAGCUGGACUUUGAGAAUGAGGCCAGGAACUCUGAGAGGUGCGCAGAGGAGCUGAAACACUUUAAAUUUGUGGUUGUACCUAAAGUCUUCUGGGAGCAAACCAGCAAGAGAGUGCUGACAGCAGAGUUUUGCGACGGCUGUAAAAUCAACAGCGUGGAAGAAAUAAAACGUCAAGGACUGAGUCUGAAAGAUACUGCAGAUAAACUGAUCAGAACAUUUGCUGAGCAGAUAUUCUACACGGGUUUUAUCCAUGCAGACCCUCACCCCGGGAAUGUUCUCGUGAGGCGAGGUCCUGACAACAAGGCGGAGCUGGUGCUGUUGGACCACGGCUUGUACGAAUACCUCAGUCAGCAAGAUCGAGAGGCCCUCUGUAAACUUUGGAGGUCCAUAGUCCUCAGGGACGAGGCAGAAAUGAAGCAGCAGUCCAGCGCCCUCGGGGUCAAAGAGUACUUCCUCUUCUGCGAGAUGCUGCUGCAGCGACCAAUCAACAUGCACAAGUUGGGUCUGUCCAACAUCCUGAGCAGGGAGGAGACGGCCUACAUGCGUGAGAUGGCCGUCCACCGCUUCGAGAGCAUCAUGCAGGUGCUGAAGUCGAUGCCUCGGCCCAUGCUGCUGGUGUUCAGGAACAUCAACACGGUGCGGAGCAUCAACAUCAAACUGGGGGCGCCGGUGGACCGCUACUUUGUCAUGGCCAAGAGCGCCGUGCGAGGCUGGGGGAAGAUUCAGGCUGAGAAGGUCGGCGUCCUCCCUCAGCUUUGGCUCUUCCGCUGGGGGAGGACUGCAUGGGAGAGCGUCAAGUUUGAAGUUGCUCUGAGAUCAGAGAUGGCAGUGAUGAGCCUGACACGUGCGGUCCUGGCGCUGCUCCAGUACUUGGGCCUCCUAUCGCUGGACUCCGACUUGUACGAGUACCUGAAAUAAGCGCGCAAGCGUCUCACUACAAAGGAUUCAUUCCAAGCACAAGUGAACGCAGCUCAUCAGUGAGCCUUUUGCUGCUCAAGCAGCUCUGAGUGCUGGUGGUUUACGGUGCUGCUCGACUGUGAGCAACGUUCCCACCAAACCACCUUCAGGGUCUGCUGGGGGAGAAUGUGCUCCACUACAAGACUGUAAGCAUCCGUUCCAGGGCGAGAGGAGCAACACUACCAAUGUGACUUUUAAGUAAUUAAAUCUUAUUUAUUUUAGAGAAAUUUUGGGAAACCAAAUCCAAUGAGGUUUUUAACCUGCAGGUUUUUUAAUGAAGCAGACAUUUUCUCAGUUAUUCUGUCCAGCACCACCUGACUGUUUAAAUUAUGAGAACAUGGUAAUAAAACACGAAGAAAUCA